ACACAAACAAAAGCGGUUUCCAGUUUUCCACCAUCGUAUCAACGGCCCAGAUUCGAUAUCUUCCACUUCUACGGGGGAGCAAUCGCAUCCUACGGCUGAGAAUAACGAAAUCCCCUUCAACGCCCUCCUCCAUCCUAUAUAUCCGCCUUCUUCCGUCGUUUUCUCUCUCAAAUAACAUCGGAGAAUUUAGAUGGCGGCCGAACGCCCGGAGCAGGCAAAGUUUCCCUACUUCUCUUCCUCCCCCAGCUUCGGAAGAGCACCCGUCGAGUACGACAAGAAGUCGUGCGAUGGCCCCGACUCCCCUACCUUCGGCGGCGCUCACCGCGUGGAGCCACCGCUUCCUCCGGUCAAAUCCGCUUCCCACGGCAACGAGGACGACUACGACGCUUCCAGCGAUGACUUCGAGUUUUCCAUCGAAUUGAAAAGUGCUGCUGGGUUUUCCUCUGUCGAUGCCGACGAGAUCUUCUCCGGCGGGCGGAUGCUCCCCGUGUACCCUGUCUUCAAUCGCGACCUCAUCCGCCGCGGCCCGGCGGAAUCGAAGGAGAGCGAGAAGGCUGACCCGAUCCCCAUCCAGGAGCUUCUGAUCGAGGAGAAGGAGGCGGCCUCGGAGGAGCCCUCUCCGCCUCCACCGGUGCGAUGCAAGAAGAGCGCCUCCACCGGGGCGCUGAGGAGCCUGCUCCGGAACUUGACAAUAGGUCGGAGCCACAGCGACGGGAAGGAGAAGUUCGUGUUCAUCGAAGCGUCUCGGCCGGAAUCGCCGUCAGCCUCAUCGUCGGGGCCAGCAAAGAAGAAGGCCCCUAACAAGAGCGCGAAGAAGGGGCCGCGGACGGCGGAGGGAGAUGUGGUCACCGCUCACCGUCCUUUGUACGGCAAGGGAUUAAACGACAAGCCGGUGAAGGGACCGCGACGGUCAUUCUUACCGUACAGGCAGGAGCUAUUGGGGCUCUUCGCUCCGGUGAAUGCUUUUGCCCAUAAUUCCAAUAAAAGAAACUCCUAUUAUUAAAAUUCAUCCUUUUUCGUGUUAUUUUGUAGAGAGAAAUAUUUAUUAUUGAAAUUUAUUCUGAGCGACAUUUUUAUAAAAA